AUGAAAAACUGGGAUUACGGGAAGCUCGCCAUUGCCACGGCCGCCAUUCUCGGAAUCCUCACUCUCGGUGCACUGAUAUACUUGUUGGUGUGGUACAUUCGACGAAGACUACGCGCCCGGCGACUUCAUCGCCAGGAGAGUCAUGAAAAUGACCAGUUCGACCAGUCCGCAGUGUCCCUGGCCGAGGAUACAAGCAGGACCCUAGAUGACUUCCUCAUGAAAGAUAUCCAGCCCGAGCGGAGUUCAAUCAUGCUCAGCAGAAGCGGAUCUCCAUCCAUCGCCAUCGUAAUUGACGACGCGGACGAUGUUGACCACUGCAAGUAUCCACCUCAGCCUUAUCUCGCAAAAUAUAGCACUUCAGGAUCUUCAUCUGCAGAUACCCACGCCUUGACACAUAUUUCGACUCAAGAAUUGGGCCCUGAUGACAUACGCUCAGAUCAGACUCAGUGGAGUAGCUCGGGACGACGUUCAUCAAGCACGACACCGAGAGCAUCAAUUUCGUCGUCCGCUAUUCCAAUAUCGCGAUCGUCUCAGACUUGGACUACAACCUCUGCUAGCACGCCGUCGGAACAGGCUCAGAGCAGUAUCUCGGGACACCACUCAUCAACUGCUACGCCGAGAGAAUCUAUCUCGUCGUCCGUCAUCCCAACGGCGGGGUCCUCCCAGGUUUGGACUACGACAUCCCCCGGAACUGAGACAUUUUCGCUUCUGAGUCAAUCUUCCAACCGGUCGUACCGCCCUCAAAGUCCCACUGGCCCAUCGGCCUCACGCAGAUCACCGGUAUAUACACGUCGGUCGAAUGUUUAUGGUGCAUCGGGUCGUCCGUCCAGUUCAGGUGUCUUGCAGUCUGCAUCCCACAUGUUCAGUGAAGCGGACGCUCCGAGUAUAGCUUAUUCGAGAAAUAUCGACUCUGUGGGAUCGAUAAGUCCCACUUCUCCCGUUUCUCCGGUGUUGGUGGACGUUCCGGCUGGAAAUGAUCAACCUCAAUGGACCACUGUUCCCCCAAUGCCCUUUCCUUUCAGUCAGCCCUGA